GACCAUGGACAACUGAUGAACGGCUCGGUGCCAAACGCGCUGGGCGGAGGCGUUGGUCGGAGGGGACGCGCGUCCGAAAAUAGCCGCUGCGGGGCCGAAGGAAGUUGGCCGCAGUUUGACACGGCGGCCUCCGCGAUGAGGAUUAGCAUCGCCGAGAUUCUCGACGGGGUUCGGGAUGUGCUGGAGAUCAGCCCCCUGGCCUUCUCGGUGGCCUGUAUCUGCCUGACGCUGAGCAUCAGCCAGUACCUGCGAAGCGCGGUUCGCGGUGCCUCCGACCCCGGCGUCUGGCGACAAUGCCUCGAGGAGAUGGUUGCCGCUUUCGAGCUUUGCGGAUGCUGCUAUGAACUCAUAAUCAUUGCUGACAACUAUGGCGUGGGAGCGUACGCAGUGGCUCUAUUUUUACUGACAAUUUGGUGGUCGAAACACUGGGGCGACGCAACCGCCUGCCCGUACACUUACCUUGAGGACUUGCUCGAAGGCCGCACCAACUACGGAGUAGUCAUUUUGAAGACCAUCUUCGGCCUGAUAGGCGCCCUUUCAGUCUUUCAGUACAUCCAGCUUAUUUGGGGUCUUGAAAUGGUGGAAAACCACAAGGACAGGGCAGACUCAAAGUGCGUUGCCGACCUUCAGGUUCCAGUGCUGUAUGGUGCCCUUGUUGAAUUGGCGGCAACCUUUGUGUGUCGAGUGUGCUCACGCACAAUUGGCGAGCUAGGUCCCAAGCACGGAGCACCACUCGACUCCUUCAUCGGCACAUCCCUUGUGGUGCUCGGUUUCAACUACUCGGGUGGCUACUACAACCCGCUGCUUGCCACCGGCCUCAAGCUGGGGUGCCUAGGCCACACGUUUGCCCAGUUCUUUGUUGUCUACUGGUUGGGGGCCACCCUGGGCAGUGUGGCCGCCUCCUACUUCUUCCGUCUUCCUGCUGUGCACAGUUUGCUGGUCCCCUCGGCUGCUGCCGCACAGCAGAAGCCGGCCGAGGAGGAAAUCGAGAAUGUUUGGCCCGACCACGAAGACUAACAUACCUGUGCUAAAAACCCAGAUCUCUCCGAUGCGAAAUAAACGAAAACCAUGUUGAGUUUCAAAGAGGCGUUU